CGCGGGCAGCACCGCCGCCGGGGCUCGGCUUGCCGAGGGUCGGGGCUCGCCUUUGGCAGCCGGAGCAGCCAUCCCGUGUGCCCGGCACUCCUGCCCUGUGCCCCCCGCUCCAGGGGCUCCUCCGUGCCGUGGGAUCCCGCCGUGACCCCGGUCGGGGGAGCGCGGUGUGGCCCCGCGCCUGCCGUGCGGUGUAAGAGGGAGAGAAAAGGGGGAGGCGGUAGGAAAACCCCGUUCUUGCAAAAAUGCGGCUCGCUCUUUUCUUGUCCUGGUGCUGCUGCCUGCAUGGAUGCGCGCUGGGCACUGGCUUCCUCUAUCAAUUCCCAGCAUCAACCCUGCAGCACAACUACCCAGAGCAGAGCUCCGGCUCGCCGGGCAGCGGCUUCGCCAGUCGCCGGCACUGGUGUCACUACACAGUCACAAGGACAGUCUCCUGCCAGGUGCAGAACGGGUCAGAAACGGUGAUCCAGAGAGUUUAUCAGAGCUGCCGCUGGCCAGGACCUUGUGCCAACUUAGUGAGUUACAGGACUCUCAUCAGGCCCACGUACAAAAUGUCCUACAGAACUGUGACCACGCUGGAGUGGAGGUGCUGUCCUGGCUUCACAGGGAGCAACUGUGAGGAGGAAUGCAUGAACUGCACCAGGCUCGCUGACAUGACCGAGAGGCUGAACACGCUGGAGGCCAAGAUCCUGCUGCUGGAGGCUGCAGAGAGGAGCCCAGCCCUGGAGAACAACCUGCCCAUCACGGGCACCACGGCCUCGUGGGACCAGGAGCUGCUGCCUGAUGCCUUCCCCCUGCUCAACCCUGGCACUGUGCUCAGGAAAUCCCUGGGGGCUGUGGACACUAAAGGACACAGAGGUGCAGAGGAGCAGCUGAUACCACAGGGGAUUCCAGGACAGGUUGGUCCCCCUGGCCCAGUUGGACCCACUGGGCUGCCAGGACCACCAGGGCCAAAAGGAGAGAAGGGACAGCCUGGUGAGAGGGGACCUGCAGGGCCACCAGGGAUGUUGGGACCUCAAGGACCAAGAGGACUUCCAGGAGAAACCGGGAUCCCAGGUCCCCCAGGUCCUCCAGGGCCACCAGCCACCCCAAGCCUCCCUCUCACCUUCCAGCAAGGGGUUCUCUACUCACUCCAGCCCACAGCUGAGAAGGAAAAUGGAGAACCCCAGCUGGCCUCCACCGUCAUCGACACCAUCAUGGCUGGACUGCCUGGACCACGGGGAGCCCCGGGGCCCGUGGGGCCACCAGGGCCACCAGGUGCUUCAGGACCCAAAGGGCCCCCAGGACCCAUUGGAGCCCCAGGAUCACAAGGCUUGCCAGGAUCUCCAGGACAGCCUGGACCAAAAGGAUCCAAAGGAGACCGAGGAGAGAGAGGGCAAGCAGGUCUGCCUGGAGAGAGGGGCAUUAAGGGAUUUCCUGGUGAACCAGGCAAGAAGGGUGAGGAAGGUGACAAAGGUGCUGAUGGGGAAGGUGUCCAGCAGCUUCGAGAGGCUCUGAAGAUUCUUGCUGAGAGGGUGUUAAUCCUUGAGCACAUGAUAGGAAUUCAUGACUCUUUGUCUUCCAUUGAGCCAGGCUCUGGACAGGAUGGGGUCCCAGGCUCCCCCCUGAGAAGCAGCAUCAAGAUCAAGCGAGGAGGACCCCGGCAGCCCCCAGCCCACCAGAUCCUCUCUUCCCUGCUGGAGGAGGGUGAAGCCAGGAGGAGAAGCCACAGGAUGAAGUAGGAGCAUCUCUGUGCCCUCCCUGCCUGCUCUCCAGUUAAAGAUACAGUACAGUGUUCAUUGCACCCUGCAGAGGGGGUGAGUUGCUGGCUGGGUUUCCUUCCCUGGCCAAUGCUGAGCCCUGAUUGCAGGGAAUGAUUUAUCCAUAGCUCUGAGAUUUUUCCUUGGUUUUGUUGUUUGGGAAUAGCAGUUGUCAGGUGUCUCAGAAGCUGCCUGCACAAGUGACACCCCCUGGCUGUGCCUCAAGGCUUUAACCCUGCCCUUGCUCCCUCACUGCCCCUGACAGUCACUCAGUAAAGCUCUGCUUACCUGGCCCAUCCAUCCCACCCAGACCCAAAGCCAAGCUCAGCCUUGUCCAUUGCUGCAGUUGGAGGAUCUGCUUUUAUUUCCUGUGUUGGUGUCACACUGACUUCAGGUGUGACUUCCACAGGCCAGGAAAGCAUGACCUGCAAGGAUUUCUUUUAAACAAAGAACAAAUUAGAAUAUAAAGUACAUUUUAAAGUAUUACUCUGAAAAUUCAGGUGGCUCUCUGGACUUUAGCAACAAAAUCCUGGCUUUUCAUCUUGCUAAUUGCAUGUUAGGGACAUUAUUUCUAUUUGUGGUUGGCUAAACAAGGACUUUUAAUGCAAAUGCUCAUGGCAACAUUGGCUUUCUGUCUAUCUUCACAGAGUUUAGACUCUUUCUGUGAAAACACAGAGCAGUUUGCAUGAGCUAUGAUGGAAUUGUGCAAGAAUUUUCCCAUACUGUGUUCAGCUUGUGCAUACAUCCAGAGAUAAUUAAUUUAAGUGGUGGCAGUAACUAUUCACAGAAAAGGAUAUUUUGCAAUAGUUUCUUAAUCCUACAGCAAUCAGGAAAAAUGUUUUCACAGUGUUUUGUUUUAAUCUUGUGAGUAAAUCCUUGCCACUUGGAUGUGGAGACAGUGUAGUAGCAAAGCACAGCCUAGGGAAUUAGAGUCUUGUCAAGAGCUUAUCUUGCACUGGGAGUUAAAUACAGAGGAAUUUUACCUUUUGCAAUAACUCAUUAUUUUAGGGGAAGUACCAGCUUCCAGGUUUAAGAGGUUGAACCUGCCCUUCAGUGGCAAAUGAAUCACUGCACCUGCUGUGCUAACCUGGACAAGCUGAUGUCAUUCAUGUGAACAGUGGUUUUUGUUAGAAGGAGGAGAUUCAUCAACAAAGCUGACUGGACUAUUUUUUUAAUUUUUAAUUCCCACUUUCUGACAGUUUUCAAAUUCAGCCCAGGACAAAAGUGAGCAAAUUGAGCUGUGUCUUUGCCCCUCUGUCUCUGGUUCCUGUGCAGGACACAGCUGUGAGAGCAGCUGGGCUGCACUGCUGCAGAGGCUGUGCCAGAGCUUUCCAGAGAAAACACUCUACACUCCCUGUCUUCACCCCAGGUGAUCUUCCCAAGGCAAAGCCCACUGGAAAUGAGGCUAAAAAUGGAGGAGCUCUGCCAGCCCAGCAUUAGCCACACAUUAAAUUGACUGGCCAUAUACAUACACACCCAGCACUAACUCUAAACCCAGCAUUAACUCUAAACCCAGCACUAACUCUAAACCCAGCACUAACUCUAAACCCAGCACUAACUCUAUAAUAGGCCCACGUUUUUUUGGUUUUUGUUCUCUGUUUGUGGCCAGCCAAGCAAGGUGCAGCCAUGGGAACAUUCUUGGAAUAACCAUUCCAUCUAAGCAUUAAAUGUCCAAAAAAAGGCUGUUUCCUCAUUUACAGGCUGAUUCCUGUGCAGGAAUUGAGAAGUACUUGGGUACCUCUGUGGUGAAUUGGGACCAUCUUGGUCUGGAUCAGAUGGACACUCCAAGGCCUCACUGGUGGCUUCCAGGAGAUGAGUCAGCCUGUUGGUGUUGGAAAAUCAGGCCUGAGGAGUGAGGAGAAAUCUCAGUUCAGUCUAAACCUGUGCCUGGGCAGGCUGGUGCCAGCUGCAGCCAAGGCCAGAGGAACAAUCUGUCCUCAUGGCAGUUCAGGACCAAACCCAACCAAAGGCAUCUUUGGGAAAUGGGGAAAUCCAUUUCACUGGUCCUGCAGCUACAGGGUUGGAUUUGGGGAAGAGGGAAUGCAAUGAGGCCACUUUUACUUCCCUGACAUUUCAGAGGCUUCACACUGAACUGAAAGAGAAAUCUUUCUUCCUCCAAGCCUGUCUUCUGAAUUCAGAGCUAUUGCAUGAGCUUGGUGAGUGCUGAUGCUUUAGUCACUCACAUUGCUGAGGCAUUCAUACUGACAAGGAUUUGGAAUUUUAUAUUAUUUAAAACAAAUUACUGGCAAGAUGAAAGGAAAAUUUAAUGGAAGUUGUUUGCAAUUAAUCCUGCCAAGUCAAUUGUCAAAAGGCUGUUUAGGUUUGGGUUGAGGCCACUUUAAUUCUUGAUAGUAUGAGCUAUGUAAUUUUCUUCUCCUUCCUUUGUUUAGCUCCAUCUCUCUGAUGAGGUACUGUAUCUUUAAUUGGGGGGCAGCAGGAUUAUACCAGAUGGACUUUCUGUCUCUGCUGGGGUUUCAUUCCUCUCCACUCACACGAGGGCUGGACCACACUGUUGUGCCACCCCAGUUUAAUUCCAUUUAAAGGUGAGCACAGCCUCACACACUGGCAUUAAUGCUAUUGAUGACCAAGCAAACCACCCCAACCACAUUCUCCAUCAUGGGCAGGAUCCUGAGGUUCAUUCCAGCCAGGGCAUAUAAUGCUUCUUGCCAUGUCUAUGUAACUUAGGGGAUUUAUUUUGAAUGCGUGCUCAUUUAGAAAUAUAUUUUAAUUGAAAUGUUUAGUGCUUUAUCUUACAUACAUACUGUGCAAUACCAUAGUGUGUUCUUUUCCUUUUUUUUUUUUUUUUUUUUUUUUCUUCUAAGACUUUUUUGAAGUUCUUGAUGUUUGUUUGAGCUCCAGUGUGUUUUUGACUUGGAUCAGCUCUGGUAGUAGUAGUGUUUUCCUUGCCCUGAGCUAACCAGAAGCAGCACAUUGCACAACCAAAACCCUUUGCAAGUCAUGCAGCAUCACAUUCACCAGCAGCCUGGAACUCCUGGGAGGCAGGGAAUGCUCCUCUCCACAGGGUCUCAUUUGCACUUACUGUAGGGAAUUGAUAGCAACCCAGGGAAAUGGAAUAAACCAGAGAGGAGAGCCCUCACCUGCUCCCACCAAACUCCACAGUCAUUUGUCAUCAAUUUCACAGGAACAGGCACUAGAGGUCAGAUCCAGCCCUGCAGCAGCAGGUGAAGGGCUGUGGCUCUGCUCCAGGCUCUGAGCACUGGGACAGGGGUGCCUGAAGUCAGUCAGCUCUGGAAUUCCCUCCUGAUCCAGUGACUGGAAACCCAUCCUCUCCACGUUUACAGCUUGUCUGACCCAAGACAUUCCACUGGGGUGCAGGGGUUCAGCCACCCAGAUCUCUGUGAUUUCUUGGUUUCCUGUGAAACCAAGGGACUAAAGGUGCUAUAGUUGUUCACAAGGCACAUUCCCAGCACUGAAGGAAAGGGUAACUUGUUCAGCAGUCAUUUUACACAGUGCCUUUUUUAUUUAUAUCAGUGUGUUCUGUAUGUGUGCUGAUGGCCCUGGGGAUCAGCUUUACAACAACAAAUUUGGUCUUUCCUAGGGCAGCCACAGGCAGUAUCUUGCAAUCAUGUGUAAUUUCUUAACUUAGAGCAAGAAUAAAUCUCGUCUGACAGGAUGAACUCAUUUAUGGCAGGCUUCAAUGUUUGUUGUAAACACAACCUGUUUGUGCCACCUCUUGCAUGGUUACUUAUCUGUUUUCAUAUUGCUAUGUUAUUGUUCAAAAUAUCUAUUUCUCUUUAUUUGCUAUGGGGUUUGUUACUGUAUAUGGAAUGUUUUGUACUCAGCAUUUUCGUAUGGAGCAGAGUGGGAACAGUAUUCAAGGACCCACAAAUACCAAAGACCUUUCAUGUA